AUGCUAUCCGAACGCAGAGCGAUUUCAAAUAGCCCGCACUCACCUGAAGGAGCUGCAGCUAAUCUCAAUACCCCCGACACCAAGGUGACUGUCUAUUCGCCUGAGGAUCUCAGAGCUCCGUUGUUUGCUCGGGCUCAAAAGGAUCCACGGCAGUCUUUUGAAGGAAUGGCCGGGUUUUCUGUUUCGAACUUCAAUUUCCAACGCUUUGGCUUCGACGUCGGCAAACCUGGCAUUCCUAACGAGAGCCCGGUGAGAACAGUCAGCUAUGCUGGACUGCCAACUCCAAACACCGACUCUCGCUCAAACAAGCUUCAUUUUUCUGAAAGUGCGUUUCUAGCAAGUCCCUUUUCUGGGGCUCGUGCUAGUCUAGGGCUCAGCAAGGGUAAUCCUGAGUUGCCAUACUUCCCCCCAAAAAGUCGUGCUUUCGUGGUCGAGGGCGUUUCCCCUGCUCUCUCGCACUUGGCUGUAGCCAGUCUCUUCACACGCCGAGAGUUUGAAAGCAUCCAGGGCCCUUACCUUUCAGCGCUCAAUUCAUUGGGAAAAUUUAUUGUCUCUUUCACAGACCUACGUGACACUCAGAGGGCUCUCGAGAAAAUCCAGGUCACUCAUCCAGAGUGGCGCGUGAUUCCACUGUCUGCUCGUGAGUACGCUCAAGAUUCAAUGGGCACUACCACUGUUGAAGGCAUUUCAGAUUUCGAAGGCCAGGUCUCCAUCAAGGUCAGUCUCAGGGGAGGCUACCAAGACGAAACCGAGUUCUCUCAGAUGAGUUCUCUUGUUCAAGGCUUGGUGAAGAGCUUUGGCGCUGUCAACGCAUUCAAGGCCACUUCUUCCUUAACAACUAAUGCAAAAGAAUUUUUGGUCGAGUUUUGCGAUACCACUGAUUCUGCGAACACUGUGGCCGCCUUGAACGGUGCAUGUAUUGAGGAGAUUGAACUUGGAGUCAAGCACGUCCGUCCAGACCUUGAAUCUACCUCUGGCAGCUUGCUACAACAACUCAUGAAUACCAGAGAUAACAUGUCACCGAGCACUACUUCUCCUUUCCAGUUCAGUGGAUGUACUCGUGACCACAGUUUUGUCCUAAGUCCAACAGGGCGGUCUACCGUACCGAUGGACGAUCUCUCAGAUAUCAUGGGCUUCCUCUCACCGGCACAGAAAGUGUCUAGAAUUGAUGCCCUGCCCCAGCACGCCGAUAGUCGAUUUGCCGAUCAGCGGCCCAAGCAUCCUCAGAACGUCGUCAACGUUGACCGAAUUCGCAUGGGUCUGGAUGUUCGCACUACGAUCAUGCUUCGAAACAUCCCCAACAAAGUGGAUUUGCCGCUCCUCAAAAACAUUGUGGACGAGACCAGCUUUGGAAAGUACGAUUUCAUGUACUUGAGAAUUGAUUUCGCCAAUAACUGCAAUGUUGGCUACGCCUUUAUCAAUUUCGAAGACCCUAUUGAUAUUAUCGAUUUUGUUGAAGCUCGAGCUGGCCGUACCUGCGACAAAGUUGCCGAGGUCUCAUAUGCCAGACCGCUUGCAGGAACCGAAGAACCCUUCCCAGGUCCCAACAACAUGUCAAAAAUGCGCCGUAGUGUUGAGAAUGCGGAACAAGUUGGUCUUUUUGCCCCGCGCAUGAGCCGCGAUGUGCGACGCGGACAUGGUGCGAUUCGUCCUGAGCAACAGCAGAUUCCGACCACCUCUACUAACACUGCUGCUGCUGCAUUCCUGCGAAAUGCAGCAAGUCCGCCGCAACGUCAGGGCCAAAGCCAGGGUCAGGUGCUUUCAAACUUCACGCCCAUGACUUCGCCCGUUACCCAGAGACGGGGACCUCUUUGA